AUGGCUGAAACACUCUAUAUUCCACCCCCUGGGGUCUGCUUCCGCCUGCUUGGCUAUGUGACCCAACAAGUCCUUUUUUCACGAACGCACGAGCAGCCAGAAGUGUGGCACCACCCUGUGCAGUCCGAACAUCAGGACCAAUAUUUUUCGCUCGUUCCUCUUAGUGAGAACCAGGAAGGCUUUUAUGCCCUUCAAGGCAAAGUAUCCGACAAAUUCCUUGUCAUAACCCCAGCACGGACCCUUGCGAAUGAGGACGAUGAGGGAAGCCCUGCAAGCUGGUUCAAGCUAGAGGCAGGAGAAGGGAAGACGGCCAAGAUGUUCCGCAUUACAUGUCCUGCUUUAGACAUGGUCAUCUUCAGCCGCACCCAUAUGACACCACACGUAAGCGCCACUUCGCCGAUUUCAAAUAAAUGGGACGACCAAUAUUUCUCUUUCGUAUUCGAGGAUCUUCAAGUUAACCGCGUCGAAUAUGACCUUGCAAGAGCCACGAUUGCAGAUCGGAGUCUUGUCCAGAUUACUGUCCAUACCUUCACCAACAACACCAGCCAUGAACAGCAAAUGACGAUAAGUUCCGACUUGCCCGCGGCACAGACGUUUACAUGGAAGUAUUCGUCUGGAUUUCCCCUCGGCGACGACAUCAGCUUCAAAGGCAAAUUGAAAGUUGGGGCUUGGAAAAGGUACUAA